AUGAACCCCAUGAAUUCCAAUGGGAUGCUGCCAAAGGCCAAAGAUUUUACUUCCUUUCUCAGCAAGGAGAGCUCUGGGCGUGAACGAUCUGGACUGAAAUCAUAUAUACAAUACACUCGACGUGAUGGAAUGCGCUCACUGGGUGGUGGAUUACCUCAUCCAAGUCUGUUCUCAUUUGCCAGUGUGGACGUGGCAGUCACUGAUUAUACUCCCCCUGCACCAGUCAAUGGAGCUAAACUGAGUAAAGCUGCUGAAUCCAAUAGCAAACAGCUACCAUUACCGUUAUCUUCCGGGCCAUCUCAAAAACCAAAACCCACGAAAAACAUUCACAUACCACUCUUUCCUGAUUUAAAAGCCAGCAUCACGUUAGCAGAAUCUCUGCAAUAUGGCCAGGGUCAAGGCUCACAGAAGUUAAUCAAUAUCCUACACGAUACAGUCCAGCAUACCCACAAACCCAAGUACUCGGACUUCAAUAUUAUCGUAACAGCUGGCAACACGGAUGCGAUGGACAAGUCGUUGCGUCUCUUAUGUGAGCGUGGUGACGCUGUCCUGGUCGAAGAAUGGUCAUAUCCGAGCGCCAUGGAACAAAUGAGACCAAUGGGCGUCCAACUCGUACCGGUCAAGGUCGAUUCAGAAGGAAUGGUGCCAGAGGAUCUCAUCCGUGCCACAAACGAAUACAGAAUGGCAAACUCGGAAUUAAGAUUGAAUAUUGUGUAUUGUGUGCCUACUGGUCAAAAUCCUCUUGGUACCAACAUGUCGAUUGAGAGACGUCAGGCGUUUUAUAAUGCUUGUCAGCAGUUGGAUUUGAUUAUUUUAGAGGAUGAUCCUUAUUCGGUGCUGCAACUGCCACCAUUCACUGAAGAAGACGCUGACAAGGACUUGGAAGCUUUGGAAUCAACAUACUCGUAUCCUGGAACAACAGGACUGAUGCCUAGUCUGUUCUCAAUGGAUACAGACGGAAGGGUUAUCUACAUGUACACGUACAGCAAAGUGCUUGCGCCUGGCUGUCGACUUGGCUACGUUGUACUCAACGCAGGCUUUUACGAACGCUUCACUUGGCUCACUGAGGUGACCACACAGGGCGCUUCUGGCUUCUCACAAUCCAUCGUAACCGAAAUGCUAUCCAAGUGGACUCCCAACGAUCAUUAUAAUCUCGCCAUUAACCUCCAGAAACAUUAUACCCAUAAGAGAAAUAUUAUCGUCAAAGCGGCUAUGAAGGCCCUUCACAAAUCGGUGACACAGCCUCAACUGGCGAGCUUCGUUGUGCCGACAAGUGGGAUGUUUUUAUGGAUAAAGGUCAACCUGCCAGAAUCGUACAAGGCUGGAAUCAUGAAGCGUAUUUUUGAUUCACUCAUUCAGCAGAACGUCUUGUUGGUACCUGGCAUGGAAUUUUCUCCCUUUGGCAAGAAGGGGAAUGAGGAUGCUCCAUACUUCCGUGCAGCUUUUUGUUUUGCCACUGAUGAAGCUUUGGAACAGGCUAUGAUCACGCUCGGAAAGGUUUUAAAAGAUUUUGGUUGUGGACAGUCAUAA